AUGGCGGUCACCAGCGGGCAGACGUGUGUGUGUGUGUGGGGCAGGUUGUGGGGCAGGUCGUGGGGCAGGUUGUGGGGCAGGUUGUGGGGCAGGUUGUGGGGCAGGUUGGUGGGGCAGGUUGUGGGGCAGGUUGGUGGGGCAGGUUGUGGGGCAGGUUGGUGGGGCAGGUUGGUGGGGCAGGUUGUGGGGCAGGUUGGUGGGGCAGGUUGGUGGGGCAGGUUGUGGGGCAGGUUGUGGGGGCAGGUUGUGGGGCAGGUUGUGGGCCUGGUUGUGGGGCUGGUUGUGGUACAGGUCGUGGUACAGGUUGUGGUACAGGUAGUGGGGCAGGUUGUGGUACAGGUUGUGGUACAGGUUGUGGUACAGGUCGUGGGGCAGGUAGUGGGGCAGGUAGUGGGGCAGCAGGUUGUGGGGUACCUACCAGAUAAGCCCCCACCGUGCCCUGGGCCAGCAUGA